AUGAAAGAUUGGUUUUCUCUAUACCAAACUGUCUUUUACCUGCAAGAGCAGAAAGAUUCAUGGAGGACUGUUCUGACACUGGCAUAUCAGAGUCUUGGAGUUGUUUAUGGAGAUUUAAGCAUUUCACCUUUAUAUGGAAUGGGAAUUCCUGUUGGAAAGCUUUCUCUAUAUACUGCAUUAGGAGGUGUUCGCCCUUCAUCGUGCUUGCCUAUAACGAUUGAUGUUGGCACAAAUAAUGAGAAGUUGUUGAAUGGUGAGUUUUACAUUGGCCUUAGACAGGAGCGAGCAACUGCGAAGGAAUAUGCGGAGCUUCUAGACGAGUUUAUGGAUGCAAUUAAGCAGAAGAAUGGAGAGAAAAUUCUUUUUGAAGAGUUAGCCAAUCAUAAUGCGUUCGAUCUUCUUGAUAAAUAUAGCUCGUCGCAUCUUAUUUUCAAUGAUGAUAUACAUGGUACAGCUUCUGUGGUUGGGACUGGUAUAGAAGAGUUGAUAGCUCUUGAGAUUUCAAAGCAAGUAUAA